AUGCAGUUCAUUGUUGCCGCCGUUGCCGCUUUCGCCGCCGUUGCCGCCGCCCAGGAGUCGUCGUCCGCCACGCCCAAGUCUGCCUACCAGGUGUGCCUGGAGGCCACCUGCCCCGACAACCAGAAUGAUGUCAACUGCCAGGCCACCUGCAAGAACGUCCCGAACCCGAACGCCUCGAUGAUUGCUGCUGCCACCGAGUGCAUUGGCAAGUGCGCUACUCUGGGCUACCAGGAGGCCAUCGACUGCACCAACAACUGUAACGCCAUGCUCUACAACCCAAGCGGUGUUGUUGUCUCUGACCACCUGACUGCUGCUGGUGUCUCGUCGGUUGCCAAGCCCACUGCUUCGUCGGCUGCUUCGUCGGCUGUCUCGUCGGCUGCCUCGACCCCUGCUUCGACUGGUGCUUCGUCGUCUCCCACCCACGCUGCGUCGGCCUCGGGCAAGAACUCUGGCCUCGCCAGCCUCGAUGAGGAGUCGGCCUCGGGCUCCAAGUCGGGCUCGCAUGCCGGUUCCAAGUCCUCGGCUGCCUCCAAGGAGUCGAACGGUGCCGCCCAGGUUGCCGGUUCGCUGGCCGCUGUUGCCGUUGCCGCCGCUGCCCUGUUCUAA